UCAGCGAUUACAAAUAGAGCACAUAUCUUCAUAAUGGAGAAAGUGCUCACCUGUAGUGGGUGUGUGCUAAAGUUGUGUGAGAAAAACAGGACAAAGGGGAUUCUUUCUGUACUGCAGGUCUAGAGUGAGUACAGGAGUUACGGAAAAGGUUCGAGGAUCCUUACUGCACUCCUGAGAACAAAAUGGCAAAGCCGAAAAUAUAUGAAGCGGCCAUAGGUUUUGCACUGGGAGCAAUAGGAGGCUCGAUAAUGGGAGCCACCGAGGACCCUCUUUACAGGACCAUGAGGGCGAUGACCUCACCCGUACAACUGAUUCCACUGGUUGACGAUAUCAAGUCAGUGGGCGCGCUGGGACUCGGUUCUCUGAUGGGAGCGACGGCACUGACCAUCGCCAUGACCUCAGUCGUUGCCGGCGUUGUCAUGGCGGCGGUGAUUGCUUCCGUGUUUGUCACCACCAAGAGCUGCGGGAUCUCUCACACGGACUACACGAGCCUGUGGGCGUCGGCGGGACUCGCCGGCAUCAUCGGGACCACACUCAGCGGCGCCACGCUGGCGUUCUCCAUUGAAGUGAUCGUGAAUAACUACGGCAUGACGGGUCUUCUAUGUGCGCUGGUCAUUUUCAGCAUCCUUAAACCACCUCUUCGCUUGAUAUUCAGGAUCCUCUGGGAGCAAGGGGAGGCCUGUUGCAAUCAAACCAUUUGGGAAAGGGAGAAACACCAGCUGGAGAUCGCAGAGAUGCAGCAACGGGAAAGGGUGGCCGUGCAGAUGGAAGAGAAGAUCCUGACAAUAAAGAACGGAACGAACACCAGUGGGACGGAGGACAUGAUGACAUGGGAAGCUGAGCGAAAGCUGAGAGAAGGGAUAGAGAGGAGAAAGAUGCUGAAUGAGGAGAAGGAAAUUGAACAAAGGACCCUACAGGAAUGGAUCAGCACUGUUAUGAUCAAAUAUGUGGACUUUUUGGCGUUUUCGGGCAUUCCCAUGACUUUAGUUGCUGUUGUAACGUCCCUGUUUGGUUUGUUUGGCUACGGAGCCCACGAGUCUGUCUUCAUUGCGCUUCUCGCUUUAGUAGCGAUCAUGGGCUAUUCGCUUCUGAAGUCUUCCGAUUUGAAGUUCUGGAUGUUGGUCGGCUGCAUGGGGUUACUGGCAACAUUCAUAAUUGCCAUGCUCACGCUACAUGCCGGACAGGAGGUUGUGCAACGUGUGAUGCAUAGGAACGGGAUCGCGGCAAAACGUUCAGAUAUCGAGGCGGAAAUGAACAGGAGUUCCGCACUCGAAGCUUUGACCACAGCGGUUUUUGCUGCAAGACUUUGCCAGCUGGGUUUAGGGGCCACAAUCGGGGGACCCCUCAUGAGGCACGCGGCCGGAGGAUACAAAGUCAUUGUAGGGGCAGCGGCAGUGGCGGGGGUUUUGCUUGUCGGAGUGGAGAUUUUGUCGCCAGUACUUGGAAUUGGGGGGAAAGCCGGGGCAUUGCUCGGGGUGGUAGGUGCUUCUGGGGUGUCUGUGGGUGCAGCAGCAGCCAUGGCUAGGCGGUGUUCCUCAGGGCUACGUACCUUGGGGGCCGUGGCAGGUAUGGUUAUUGGAGCAUUGGUCAUGGGCGAUUGGCAUAUUGUCAAGACCGGACUGCAGCUUGUCAUUGCCUAUGUCUUCGCUAUGACUAAUGCUUUUUAAGACGUAUUUGAAAUUGUGAGCUAGCACUUCAAAGUAUUAACUCAGGUGUCACGUGACUGCGCUGCUCGAAGACAUACUUACGAGCGGAGCAAAAAUAAAUAAAAACAAUUCACAACUCCUGAA